GAAAUACAAGCCCGGCCUCGGCGCGCCCUGUGUGGUGACACGCUCAGCCGCUGCCACGCUAUUUAAACGCGGGCUAUGGAUCCAGGAAUCCGCGCGAAUCAAUGAGAUCAAACGCGAGGGAGAUGCACCGUCAAUUACAAACACUUGGACAAGUCUAACUUUUUUUUUCUUUUACAAAAACGCUUUCAAAAGCAACCUUAGCAACGCCCAAAUAAGAAGCCACCUCUAAACAAAAUAGUAUAUGUAUAAAGGGAGGGCGAAUAUAUAUAUGUAUAUAUAUUACAGACGCACAGGUUUACACCAGGUGAACUUUUUCUUUUUCGUCUUCUUCUUCUUUUUUUUUUUUUUUUUAAAGAAAAACUAGUGACAUUGGAGAGAAGGACUCUUCCUUUCUAUCUUCUGGCGCGCCAGUGAAGGGGGUAUUCUAUUUUCUUAAAGAGCCCAAGGGGGCGCAGGGACCUUGGAGAGAAGAGUGGGGAGGAAAGAGAAAGAGUGGGUGGGGGGCACAGGGCGAGUCGGCGGCGAGCGCAAGCGCUUUCUUGCGGCACGAUGCCGUCUCUGCUGGUGCUCACUUUCUCCCCUUGCGUCCUCCUCGGCUGGGCGUUGCUGGCCGGCGGCACUGCUGGCGGUGGCUUUGGCGGCGGCGGCGGGGGCGCGGGCGUAGGCGGCGGACGCCAGGAGAGAGAGGCGCUGCCGCCGGAGAAGAUCGAGGUGCUGGUGUUACUGCCCCAGGAUAACUCGUACUUGUUCUCGCUGACCCGGGUGCGGCCGGCCAUCGAGUAUGCUCUGCGCAGCGUGGAGGGCAACGGGACCGGGAGGCGGCUUUUGCCGCCCGGCACUCGCUUCCAGGUGGCCUACGAGGACUCCGACUGUGGCAACCGUGCGCUCUUCAGCUUGGUGGACCGCGUGGCAGCGGCGCGGGGCGCCAAGCCGGACCUUAUCCUGGGUCCGGUGUGCGAGUAUGCUGCAGCGCCAGUGGCCCGCCUUGCGUCGCACUGGGACCUGCCCAUGCUGUCGGCCGGGGCGCUGGCCGCCGGCUUCCAGCGCAAGGAUUCUGAGUACUCGCACCUCACGCGCGUGGCGCCCGCCUACGCCAAGAUGGGCGAGAUGAUGCUCGCCCUGUUCCGCCACCACCACUGGAGCAGCGCGGUGCUGGUCUACAGCGACGACAAGCUGGAGCGGAACUGCUACUUCACCCUUGAAGGGGUCCACAAGGUCUUCGAGGAGGAGGAUUUGCACACUUCCAUCUACAGUUUCGACGAGACCAAAGACUUGGACCUGGAAGACAUCGUGCGCAGUAUCCAGGCCAGUGAGAGAGUGGUGAUCAUGUGUGCGGGCAGUGAUACCAUCCGGAACAUCAUGCUGGAGGCUCACAGGCAUGGCAUGACCAGUGGAGACUACGCCUUCUUCAACAUCGAGCUCUUCAACAGCUCUUCCUAUGGAGAUGGCUCGUGGAAGAGAGGAGACAAACACGACUUUGAAGCUAAGCAAGCAUACUCAUCCCUCCAGACGGUCACUCUACUGAGGACAGUGAAGCCUGAGUUUGAGAAGUUUUCCAUGGAGGUGAAAAGUUCUGUUGAGAAACAAGGGCUCAAUGAAGAGGAUUAUGUUAACAUGUUUGUUGAAGGAUUCCACGAUGCCAUCCUCCUCUAUGUCUUGGCUCUACAUGAAGUACUCAGAGCUGGUUACAGCAAGAAGGAUGGAGGGAAAAUUAUCCAGCAGACAUGGAACAGAACUUUUGAAGGUAUCGCCGGGCAGGUGUCCAUAGAUGCCAACGGAGACCGAUACGGGGAUUUCUCUGUGAUCGCCAUGACUGACGUGGAGGCGGGCACCCAGGAGGUUAUUGGUGAUUACUUUGGAAAAGAAGGUCGUUUUGAAAUGCGGCCGAAUGUCAAAUAUCCUUGGGGACCCUUAAAACUGAGAAUAGAUGAAACCCGGAUUGUAGAGCACACAAACAGCUCUCCCUGCAAAUCAUCAGGUGGCCUAGAAGAAUCAGCAGUGACAGGAAUUGUUGUGGGGGCCUUACUAGGAGCUGGCUUGCUAAUGGCCUUCUACUUUUUCAGGAAGAAAUACAGAAUAACCAUUGAGAGGCGAAACCAGCAAGAAGAAAGUAAUCUUGGAAAACAUCGGGAGUUACGGGAAGAUUCCAUCAGAUCCCAUUUUUCAGUGGCUUAAGGGAAGGCUCCCCCUCCCCUGAUACUUUUUUUUCUGCCUGAGAUUCUUUAAGGACAUAGAGGGGAGGAAAGAAAUCAAUGAAAUAGAAGGGGCGUUCUUGAAGAAUUCAUUAUUUUAAGCAGUUAGUCAUUUCAUUUUAAAAUUUCUUUAGAAGCUCAGGAACUAUUAUUAAUCACCAUCUGCCUCCAGGCCUUUCAUCUCAUGACAAACAAAUAUAAUCAUGAUAUCGUGUCACUCUGCUAAAUGUUCAUACUGUUUCAAGGGCAUAUGAUUAGAUUUAUGCUUUUAAAAUCUGAUGUCUCCAUAUCUUGAUGGCUUUUGGGAGCAUUUCACACAAGGGUAUAAAACACGAUUUACUUAAAUGAAAUGUUUUGUAGCUAGAAUAAAAUAUUUUUACAAGUAGAACAUUCUUGGAAAGAAUUCAACACCCAAUAAGGGGAAAAUGUAAUGAAAAAAUCUCAAGGUUGGAAAUACUGCCUUACUCUCCCUAGAGCUGGAGGACAGAUGGUUGAAGACUUCUCUGUCCAAUGUCUACAUUCAGGUUCUGACUUCAUAUCUUGAAAAAGGAUUCCCUCCCUGUCUUUUUCAGUCUCAUAAAAGCUACUCUGGAAAGUUGUAAAUAUUAGUGAGAGGUGAGAGGAUUUACAAAUGAAAAGCAAGUCUAAAAUGUUUUCGAUGUAAAAAAAAUCCUAUUUCACACUAACAUUUUAUUUUACAAGUAUUUUAAUCUUAUAUUUUGGUAUUAGAAAAAUUUGUCUAUUUUUUCAUUUUGAAGAUUAACUUUUGCUUAUAUUUUAAAAGCUUGGGUCAAGCGUACAACAAACCAAUGAUGAUGAAAAAUACUUCUCUUUUUCUCCCUGUUUCCCUCUUUCCCUUGGCCACAGCCAAAUGCUAAUUGCUGCUUUAAUUACAGAGAUGUGGAAAUGUAUUCACAUGAUAAACUUUCCAGGAAUACAUCAAAAUUUUAACUCUUUGGCAUUUUUACUGUUUAACUGUUUUAAAUGCAAGUUAUUUUAGGGUGCCACUCCUUCCAAUUCUGGCCAAAUGAUGAGUUUCAAGAUCAAGAGUGAAAAGUUAUUAGAAUUAAACAGAUCUUUAUAAAGGAAGGCAGCCCUUUUCUCUCAAGAACAACUUUGUUGAGAGUUACAACUUGACAGCAAGUACCGCAAUGACAAAUGUAAAACUUUUACACAUGGCAUUUGCCAAAUUUCCCAGUGACGAUUUUGGUUAAAAGAGGGAACCUAAAUAUCUACUCUAUUCCCUCUCAGUUAACGCCACAGAACUUUGUAGCCGUCUAUGAAUAACGGUAAGAGUGGGUUAGGUGUGCAGAUAAGGAAUUUGGAUAAAGUUGAGUAAGUUUUUACUGGGUAUCUGCUUUGCACGCAGUAGUCUGCACAUGAGUUUAAACUCAGGUCACCACUUUCACUUAUACUUUAUGGAGAAGAUAGACCGUGAGGGAGGAAGGGGAAGCUGUCAUGUCAGUGCACCGUCUUGGAAUUACAUAACUGGGGUCUUUCCUCAAUAACAUUUUGAGCAGCUGAAAAAUAGUUUAAAAAUUAUCUUAAUAUCUAUUAAAGGCCAUGUCUAUGCAGGAAACAGGAGAGUUUGAGCAAUCCCUUGGUGGUGAUGAAGGUGGUUCACACAAGUAACAGUGGAGGCAAAGGUAAGCGCAAGCUGCCUGUCCUAGAGCUGGCCCAUGUGUGUGUGCUUCCCUGGAGAAGUCUGCUUCUGUUGCUCCCACUUGAGUCACAGCUAACAGAUUAUUUCUCUGUGAGGCACAUUUCUCCUCUGUUGUUUAAAAAAUGAGAGCUGGGAGGCAGCUGAGAGGGUGUGAUAAAUUAAGUAUAAGCAAGUGAAACAACUCUGUUGUAGUUCUCUAUGCCGGAUGCAAAGGGAACAGUGUUGAAUUCCAAAAAGGAUAGAAGAAGAGGGCAAGAAGCACAAACUCCAGAAAUUCUAGUGCAGGAAGAGAGUUUGAGAAGUAAAAUCCAGGAAAGCAAAGCACUGGACCGCUUGGGACUCCCCAGAGUGAAAAAGCAUGGAAGGACUGUAUCCACUUUAGUUACUUGAAUUGGAGAGCUUGUUUCUCUCUCAUUUUUACUUUUCAAUGAUGUUUUCUUUAUAUUUCAGAGAUAUUCAUUUUCUCUUGUGCUUGUAAAAAAACACUUACACUUCAAGUCUGUGUGCUUACAGGGGGAAAAAUAAUCUACCUGGUUGCAGUCUUUGAGUAUAACCACAUCUAACCUUUUUAAAAUUUAUAUAGAAGUCCAUUAACGCUAACAUUUUUAGAACAAAUAUAUUCCAUUUUAACGUCAGGUAGAGGAAUAGUCCUAAACUUAAUAUGAUAGCUCUAGAUAAAGUCUUAAAGAUAAGUGAGAAUUUAGUAUUCUAAAAAUGGCAGAACAAAUCAUGAGGUUUCUGGAUGCCAUACCAAUGUAAAAUCAAUUCUCAUGUUAAGAUUGAUUGCUUAUUUACAUGUCAGUCAUCUACUUUUUCUUCCUUGAAAUCGGCAUAUGAAUUACAAAAACUCUGUUAAGCUUGGAAAAUUCCAUUAAGUUGGAAACAUUGGUUAAAAGUGCAGGUGCUUGGCCCAAGGUUAUCCUGGUUUCAGAUCUCAAGAUUAGUUUUGGGGAUUUAUGUUCCUAACUGCUAAGCAACAUCUUUGACAACUAGUGAUUUAUACUCUACUGGUAGUCCUAUGUCACAUAGUAAAAUAAAUAGGGCCUUAGUUCUUAA